GAGAGAGUUAUGGUUUGAACUUUGAAGUAUGACUUCUGCAAUCAUCCAUCCCCUGUAAUAAAAUAUCUUCUAAAUCUUAUGAUAUGUAUAAAUAUAAACAAAGAGAGAAAGAGUGAGCAAAGAUCAUACUGCAUGUCCAAGACUGGUUUAGGUGAAUAGAAGUGGUCUCGCUAACUUUUGUCACUGGGUGUUAUGAUUAGAUUAGGUGUAUAGAAUUGACUGUUAGCGAAACCGAUGGUAGUUUAAGGAAGAUAAACGAAGAAAAACAUUAAUUCAUCAUGUUCAAAACAAAAAAAAAUCGCAUCAAAUUUAAGCAACAAAAAAAACAUUAAUCCAUAAAUAUAGAAAAUAACUUGGAGGCAAAAAUUAUGAAAGAUUUGAGAGUAACAUAAGUAUGAAAUAUUUUUGUAUAAAAUUAUUAUGUUAUAGUUACAUGAUUGUUUUACUCCAAAAUCAUCAUAAAUUAAUGGAACCGUUUUAAAAACAACAUUUUUAUAUUUAGAUGAAUUUAUUAGACCUUUAUUUUUUACAAUCUUUAGAAUAUAUCAAGAGGAAAAAUUGAUGACUCUUAAGAAUGCUAUUUUCGAUAGUUAUCUCCAUGAUAGUCUGAAAUGCAUACUUUUUAUUUUCCUCAUUCAAGAAGUUCAUUUUGCAAUUGUAAUGAUUUCUAGAGGUCAUAUGGUGUAUCGUCGCCUCUUUUCUUAAUAUCAUGAUUUACUAAUAACCAGAAACUUUGAAGUUUUGAGUAGAUUUUCUGCCUUUUAUUAAUACUAGAGAUUUUUUCCGCGGAUUGUGUCUUAUAAAUUUAUUUUAUUUAUAAUAUUAUUUGUCGGUUUUUUUUUUAUAUUAACUUCUUGUUUUUCCAAUGUUAGUUUUUCUUAAUUUAAAUUUAUAUCUAACAAUAAUAAAAGGGGAAUAAGAUCAAUAGCUAGAGUGUCCACGUCAGCAAUUAAAAUCAUCCAAUGGGGUUGGUUCUUUCCUCCACGUCAAACCAAAAUUGGAUUGAUCUUGGGCUGUUAAUUUUUUUUGAUCCGUGAAAAGGGAAGAAGCCCAAAUCUGAGAAAAUCUUAUAAUGUCGACAUCUCAUCUCUUUGCCCUUUCCCCUUCUUCUUUUAACUAAGAUGCUUGACCAUUUGUUGUGCCUCUUUGGAUAUCACGAUCUAUUCAAACUCCGAUCAAAGCAAGUGUAUCGGUUUCAGUUUUUACUUUGAUUUCCUUGAAGCCCUAACUAGAAAUCCGACAAUAGAUCCACUGUACAAUCCUCCUUCCAUGGAAACUCUUUCCUGUGUUUGUGCUCAAUUCCAAGAUGGGAGGCGAAUGAGUAUUCUUUGAAGCUUAUUCAGAUGAUGAAGCUUACGCUGGCAGAUAACUCCUUCCGACCGAUCUCGAAGACGUCAUCCCACGUGAAGAAGGAGGAGGAGGAGGAGCUAAUUGGAAGAGUUGUAGCUGAUAAAGUGGGGGAGAUACGGAGGGAGCUCGAACGCCAGUGUGGAGUGUGCGCAAGCGCAAAAGCGUGGGACGAGGAGAAUAAGGAAGUGAGAGUGGGACGCAGGGAGCAAAACCCACAAGCCAUUUUCAGUGGAGACAGACAGACAGACACAAAGGUGUGUUCUAGACAGACUCACUGGUUGGUAUUUUUCACUUAUGGGCCGGCCACAAGAAUGGGUCCGUAACGGAGCUGAGCUAAACAAGAUAUUAUAGAAAUAGUGGAUUGCUGGAAUUUCCAGCUAAAGGAAACAAAUUAUCAUGGCAAGGGAGAAGAGGUAAAGGAAAAGGGGCAGUAAAGGUGAGAUGUCGCUUAGACCGUGCCCUAGCUAAUGAGGAAUGGCACACGCUAUUUCUAUGUUCUCAUACUGAAUAUUUAGGAAUGGUGGCAUCUGACCACCGACCUUUGGUGGCUUUCCUUGAUGAUAAAGUUCUAAGGAGAAAAGGUCAAUUUAGAUUUGAUAAGAGAUGGGUUGGUCAAGAGGGCUUAAUGGAUUCAAUUACAAUGGGAUGGUCGGAAUAUAAGGAAGGAAGUGAGAAUGGUAUAGUGGAAAAGAUUAGUAAUUGUCGUCGCCAAAUUGGAAAAUGGCGUAAAAAUAAUCCCCCUUUUGGAAAGGAUAAAAUUGCGGAGUUGCAGAAGGCUUUAGAGGAGGUACAAACUGAUGAUACUAGGUCUCAGGAGGAUAUAUUGGAGGUGUCCGGGAAGCUACAAGAGGCAUAUAAGGAUGAAGAGGAGUAUUGACACCAAAAAAGUAGGAAUAUGUGGUAUUCAUCUAGGGAUCUUAAUACAAAAUUUUACCACGCUUUGACUAAGCAACGAAGAGUACGUAAUAGGAUUGUUGGAUUACAUGAUGUAGCUGGAAAUUGGAUUACAGAGGAUAAUGGAGUUGAAAAAGUAGCGGUAGACUAUUUUGAAGAACUUUUUAGUACCACUUCUCCAUCUGAGUUUGAUGAUUUUCUGUCGGAAAUAACACCAGGAAUCACUCCUCAGAUAAACCGAUGGUUAUUGAGAAUGGCAACUGAAGUCGAGGUUAGAGAGGCUCUAUUUAUGAUGCAUCCAGAAAAGGCACCAGGACCGGAUGGCAUGACUGCUCUUUUCUUUCAACAUUCAUGGCAUAUUAUUAAAAAUGAUUUGGUAGAGAUGGUGAAUAAUUUUUUGGUUUCGGGGGAAAUGGAUCCAAGGUUAAACAUUACUAAUAUUUGUAUGAUUCCAAAGACAGAACGGCCUACAAGGAUGACGGAGUUGCGACCAAUCAGUUUAUGUAAUGUGGGGUAUAAAAUAAUAUCGAAGGUUUUGUGUCAACGGUUGAAGGUCUAUUUACCCUCUCUCGUUUCAGAGACUCAAUCGGCGUUUGUGGCAGGGCGUUUGAUUUCUGAUAAUAUUCUUAUAGCUCAGGAAAUGUUCCAUGGUUUAAGGACAAAUAAGGCGUGUCAAAGGAAGUAUAUGGCAGUUAAAACGGAUAUGAGUAAAGCGUACGAUAGGAUAGAAUGGUCUUUUAUUAAAGCAUUAUUGGAGAAGAUGGGUUUCCAUCAGCACUGGAUUAAAUUAAUGAUGGAGUGCAUCUCCUCAGUUCAAUAUAGGAUUCUGCUAAAUGGACAACCACGGGGACUCAUUGUACCACACAGAGGUUUACGACAAGGAGAUCCGUUGUCCCCUUAUUUAUUUAUUUUGUGUACUGAGGCAUUGAUUGCUAAUAUUAAGAAGGCGGAGAGAGGGAAACAAUUAACAGGGAUUAAGGUAGCCAGAGCUUGUCCAUCGAUUUCACAUUUGUUUUUUGCGGAUGAUAGCUUAUUUUUCUGCAAGGCUCAAAAGGAAGAAUGUCACACUAUUCUAAGGAUCUUAAAAGAGUAUGAGGUGGUUUCUGGACAGUUGAUAAAUUUUGAAAAGUCGUCGAUUCAAUUUGGACACAAAAUUGAGGAAUCGGUCAGGCAGGAGCUAAGAGAUAUUCUGGGAAUUCAGAAUUUGGGGGGGAAUGGGAUCUUAUCUAGGUUUACCGGAAAAUAUUGGGGGCUCCAAGAUUCAAGUUUUUGGCUUUGUGCAGGAUCGUCUAAACAGCAGGGUCAACGGUUGGACUUUUAAGUUUUUCACGAAAGGAGGAAAGGAAGUGAUUAUUAAAUCAGUGAUUACGGCAUUGCCGAAUCAUACGAUGUCGUGUUACCGUUUACCUAAGGCAACCACAAAAAAACUGACGAGUGCGGUGGCACAAUUUUGGUGGAAUCCUGGGGGUAGUUCAAGAGGUAUCGAAAUCAUGGGAUAAAGUUUGCGUCAGUAAGGAAGAAGGGGGUUUAGGUUUUAAGGAUAUAACAUACUUCAAUACCGCAAUGCUUGGUAAGCAGUUAUGGAGGCUGAUAGAAAAGCCAAACACUUUAUUCUCUAGAGUUUUCAAGGGGAGGUAUUUUCGGCAUGUCUCACCUCUUGAACCGAUCCGUUCAUACUCUCCGUCCUAUGGUUGGAGGAGUAUUGUAUCUGCUAGAUCUUUGGUAAGCAAAGGACUAAUCAAACGGGUGGGAACAGGAUCUUCUAUAUCAGUAUGGAACGAUCCUUGGCUCCCAACCACUCGCCCGAGACCAGCCAAUAAAAAUCAACAUCAUUUGUAUCCCGAUCUCACAGUGGCUUCACUUAUUGAUCCCACUUCGCGACAAUGGAAUUCGCAGGUCCUACGGGAUUUGGUAGAUCCUCACGAUGUGAAAAUCAUAGAAAGUAUACCACUGAGCAGACAUCAGAUGGUCGAUAGAGACGGAUGGCAUUUCACACACAAUGGAAAAUUCACGGUUAAAUCAGGAUACCAGGUGGAGCGAAUUUAUCCGGACAGAGAACGACCACCAUUAUUGAUGGGACCAACAGUUGACGUUCUGAAGGCUUUUUGUUGGAAAAUCAGGUGUCCACCAAAAAUAAAACAUUUUCUUUGGCAAUUGGUUUCAGGGUGUGUGGCAGUUAAGAAGAAUCUGAAGGCGCGAGGAAUGCAAGGUGAGAUAGGUUGUGCAAGAUGUGGAGCGGAGGAGGAAUCGAUUAAUCAUGUAUUUUUUGAAUGUCCUCCAGCACGUCGGGUUUGGGCUCUUUCCAAGAUUCCAACAAAUCCAGCCGUCUUCCCAACGAGUUCUCUUUUUACGAACAUGGAUCAUCUUUUUUGGCGGAUUGUCCCGCAGAUGGAGGAUCAUCAGUUUGCUUGGAUACUAUGGUAUAUUUGGAAAGGAAGAAAUAAUAAGGUCUUUAGUAAUUUGGAUAUGGAUCCUAAGGAUACUCUUAAGUUGGCAGAAACGGAAUCGACACUCUGGGCAGAGGCACAACUUUUGAAUGAACAGAGAACGGUAACACAGGUACAGGUUACGUCUCAUCCAUCAAUUCCCGGACGAUGGUGUUUUACAGAUGGCUCGUGGAAAGAGGGUGAUACUUUCUCUGGUCAAGGUUGGUUUAGUUCUUUAGAAGGCUUUGAGGGACUGAUGGGCGCAAGGAACGUCCGGGCUACUUUAACCCCCUUGCAUGCAGAGAUGGAGGUGCUAUUAUGGGCUAUGGAAUGUAUGCGAAAUUUAAGACAAUUUCAGGUUACAUUUGCAACGGAUUGUUCUCAAUUGGUGAAGAUGGUUUCGGAACCAGAAGAAUGGCCAGCUUUUGCAAGUUAUUUGGUAGAUAUUCAGAACCUGAAGGAGAGUUUUAUACGAUCAGAGAUCAUUCAUGUACCAAGAACGCAAAAUACGAAGGCGGAUAGUCUAGCACGCAGUGCCAGGAUUCAGCCGUCUUUCGUCGUUCACAUGGAUCAACAUCUCCCAAUUUGGUUUUCAGGGUCAAUAUGAGUCUGUAAUGUUGUCGACAAAAAAAAAAAAAUCUUUAUUUGUUAUGCUAAUGGUAUUAGGGGAUUUUUUGGAACAAAUGUAUUACAUUUAGUUUCGUGCUUUUGUAAUAUCAACGAGAUUAAGAUUGAAGAAGUAAAGUAUAUGAAUCUUACAUUGUCGGCGGUAGCUAUAUUAGUUAAUGUCGGUUUGGUUUUCUUUCGGAUUCGAUCUCAUACAUUAAACUCACAAACAAAAUUAACUUGGUUUGGUUUGUAGUUGGGAAUGGGAUUGAUUAGGUUUUGGACAGUCCAAGGAAGUGGGGACAUCGUUGAUAAAGACAGCAAGAAAAUCGUGUCAACGUGUUCAAGUUCAUUGCAUUUUUCAUAAGAGACUAUAUCCGUAUACAUAUACAAUAUUACAAGCUGAGGAAUCUCAUGAGGAUUUUAAGAUGUAGCGUUGAACUGGAGGAAAAGAUGUUGAUAUAAAAUUAUCUACCAAACAAGCGUGUACAUUUUCAUAUUCGAUGUAGAGCAUAGACCCUUUGGAUUAGCCAAAACGGAUAUACAUAAUCCAAGGGAAAGGAAGAGGGAAGGCUUCAACCGUAGAGGAUAUGAGUCGUGUGGAUCAGAAAGAAGUCUCAGGCAGAUCUCAGCGCUAAUUCUUAUCUACUAUCCCAGGGGACAAAGCCUGCUUAUGGUUCUUUUGAUCAAACGGAAAACCUGGUUACGAUUAUCAAAGCUUUAUCAGAUUAUGUUCAUAGCAAAGGGCUUAAGCUUGGAAUCUACUCUGAUGCUGAGUAUGUGUAUAUACACAACUGCCACUCAUUAUUAUGGUUCAUAAGAGAUCAGAGAUCGCUGGUGAUAUAGAUUGGUGCCAGUUUCAUCUUUUGCGACGUAUCUCCUUGAUGUUUGAAUGACCAUAUUGAAACAUACAAGCCGAAGGAGGGAACAUACGACUUGGUAGCAACCAGAGAUAUCUCAUUACAGAACAAGUUCCAUACAAAAGAAAUGGAAUCUAUAGAGAUAACUACUCUAGAAGAUGAGAACGAGAUAAAAAUCGUUCUUGCUGAGUCCAAGGAAAGGAAGCCAGCGAGGAAAUGGUGGAGCUACUGAAGCAGUUGCAGCAAGCAACUCAAGAAGCUGAUGAAGGGAGAUCAUCCUGGCCUUGCUUGUGAAAAGCUGCGAAUGUUUUGAGAAGAGGCAAAGGAAGAAAAGGCUCGACCAGGUACAAUUGAGAGCAGUUUAUUUGCAGCUAAGAAGAAAUUGAGGCUGCUAAAGAUUUUUAGAGAUUGGCAUUAGCUGUUGCCAUCAAGGUUUUCGAGAGCGAACAUGCUUUCAAGUAAAACAAUGUUGAUUGUCCGUCAAGCCUAACACUGUUACUAACAGAGUAAUAUGAGCUUAGCAAGUGUACUCAUGAGGCUUAAGAAAAAGCCAACACAAGGGUUGCAGAAAUUCUGAGAUCGAGGUAGCCAAAGAAACAGAGAAAAUAAGCAAAGAGAGGUUGGAAUAAAUAAACAAAGAUAUGGUUGGGAAAAUGGAGACACUCGCAGAAGCAACUGAGAAGGCUAAGAAGGCUAAAGAAAGAAGUUUGGUGUAGAGCAAGAGGCAAAAAAAUGGAGGAAGAACAUGUAGUAAAGAGAAAGAUUGGUGAUAAUGGAGCGAACAUUGAGAAUAUUCAAAGGAAGGUCUUAUGGGACGAAGCUGCUGCAAUGUUUCGGGUACAUUACCAAAAAAAAUAGUAGCUUAAAAAUUCAAAGGAUACCAAAAUAGAAAUAAAGAAAUAACAAUCAUAAACAAGUUUGGUUAACUUCUAAUCUUUUUUUGCUUAAUGUACAUUUUAAUAUUAAGAAAAAGCUAAUUUUGAGUUCUA